AUAGUUUAUGAUUUAAUAGAUCAUUUACAAAACUGGUGCUUGGUCCUAGAACGAACAUUUCUAAACUUUAACUGGUCAGAACACGCUAAAAAACACAUACACGCGAAGAACCUAUUUUACACCAAGAGAAAUUGAAAGUUUAAUUCCUGAGUACUUAAGAGGCGGUGACCCAUACAUUGGAGAUUUGACGGUCACAGACCCCAUAACAGAAUAAUCAAAAUUUUAAUUUCGGGGACUCUCCUUUGUGUAGUUGUUGAUAUUAGGGGUUUCCCUUUGACAAUUGUAACCUACUACUAUACUCAAAGUGAAGAGGAAAUAAAUGAAUACAAUGACAUCAUUAACUGAAAGCAAAGAUAUAAAGAAUCCAAAGGAGCUAUCUUCAAAUAAAUGGUGUAAUAAUCAAAUUCCUAUAUCUUUCGAAUAUCAUGAGGAUGCUGAUGCGUUUUUGAUCGAUUUUAUAAAACCUUCACUAGGCAUUGUAAGAUCUACUAACGAAAUCAACAACGAAAGAAAUAUUCUGGUAUCAUAUGACAGCAAUAACAAGAUAGUAUCAAUUGAAAUAUUAGAAGCGUCAGAAUUAUUACACCAAUAUUUAGUUGAUACUCAGGCAACACUAGAUAGCAAACAUCCACCUAAUUUUUAUCCUAUUCACUAUAAAAAUCAAGAUAAAUUGAUCGUAUACUUCAUUGAUAUCAACUCAUUCAAUAUUCCAUCCAUUAAAUAUCAAAAAACUAAAGAAAAGGACUUUGAAUUAGGAAUGGACGGUGAAAAAAUUUUUCUACUCUUGUUUCACAAUGUUAGUAACAGAAUAGCAAAAUCAUUGUCUGAGGAAGAAAGAAUAAAGCUUGCAAAGGAUGUAGAGUUGUCUAGAUGGGAAAGGAGAACGUUGUCAAGAUAAAAGCUUGUAAAGGAUGUAGAGUUGAUUCUCCACAGAUGUACCAAUUGCAAAAUAUUCCUUCUUAAAUUUAGUAUCAAUUUUUUUCUCUACUUCUUUUUUCUUGAGAUUUGCAACUUCAACAACAAAAAAAGGGAUAAAGCUAAAACAUGCGCAAUAGCAAUAAAAUUAUUAUUUAAUUUUCGAUUAAAAGUUGUAUGUGCAUAUUAAUAUUAAUAAUAAUAAAUUUUAAAUAAAA